UAAAUGGAUAACAAAUUAUGACUUCGAUGGUCAAUUGAGUGCGAACUCAUUAAACAAACUCAAACAAUCGAUUAUUGCCAAACAUGGUGCAAAUAAAAAGAAUAAAGAUGGGUAUCAUUUAAUAGUGAAAUGGGAAUUGGAAGCAGAAAAAAGAAAAUGUGGACAAAUAAAAGAAAAAUUAAAGAACAAAAGGAGCGAAGAAAAGUCCGUCUCCAAAGAGAGCCUUUUAUUGCACAGACGAGAAGAUGAUGAAACUUCAGUAGCGCGGCCUCGCUUGAGAGCCGUGCCCGAGGAGGGGGUGGAUUCAGAUGAGAAAGAUGAACAAAUUGUUAGGAGAAGUACUGUGGAGCGCGAGCAAUUGUACCCACAAUUGCCGGUCGUAGAUGACCCUCCAAAAUAUAGUGAUUUUGCUCACGCCAUGGUUACGCGGAGCCGCGUAAAAGCGGAAGCUCCCUCUCCAUCGGCCCCCGUAGCAGACGGCAGCCCGAACUACAUGGGCGCAGGAGUAACCGAGGCCUACCCAAUGAUUCAAGUGGCAAACCCCCAUGAUGACGGAGGGCCCACUAUUUUAGUCUACAGAACGUGGACUCAUGCUGAUGUAAAAUCAGCCACUGAGGGAAUAGCAUUGCCGUCUGAAGAUGUUGAGCAAUAUUGUACUGACAUGAUGCAACUCAUUGCUUCUUAUAAUUUAAGAGGAGAUGAGGUGCAACAAGUUUUUAUGGCAACCUUGACCAAAGACUGGGCCAGUGUCAAGGGCAAUUGGGAUCCUUUUGAUGAAAAUGGCCGCCCAUUGGAAUAUAAUGGGCUGCCAUUGAGAAAUCAAAUUGAGCAACUUUUGGGCAGGAUAAAAACUAAAUUUCAACGAAGAGCAAAUUAUGCAGAAAUUGGUCGAACCAAACAAAAAGAGGAUGAAUUGUUUGAAGAUUAUAGACACAGAUUGGAGAAAGUGUUCAAAGCCAAUAGCGGCUUGGAACCUGGAACUGAGGUUUACAACCAGCAGCUCAAAAAUGCUCUACAUACAAAUUCGCGACCAGCAAUCCAAAACUGGGUUGUGAAACAUAUGAUCACUUUCCCUACUUCCACACUGCCACAAUUUAUUGAUCAUGCCAUGCAUGCUGAGAAAGUUGUUAAUUUGAAAAAAGGAAAAGAAAAAGGGAAAGUGGCUACCAUCUUUUUUGCUGAUAAAGACUCACAUGAUGCAUUUUAUCAAAACAAAACUUUUGAACCUUACCAGAAGAAGCAUGGUCGUGGAAACUUCCGCGGCAAGGGCAGAGGAGGCUACCGGCAUGGUGCUCUCGGUUAUGGCCCGACAGGUCAACCGAAGCAACCUAGCACUCAGCCUCCUGUCUGCUGGGCGUGCGGCAAGGAGGGCCACAUAGCAAAAUAUUGUCCGGACCCCCAUAAAAGCGGGGCUGACCCUCCCUUGUGACUAACCGACAGUCAGCAUGGAACUGAAGGAGCUGUUUUGACAACAGCUCCCCCUAUUGAUGCAGAUUUGAACAUUCAGGACUUGUUGAUGAACAAUGUAGAGAAACCUGUGAUAACUUUGUUUGUGAAUGGUACUCCCAUUACCUUUUUGUGUGAUUCAGGAGCGUGCAUCACUACUUGUCGCGACAUUCCUGCGGAUGUGCGAGAAGGCGGGAGAUCCUUUUGGGUGAGGGCAGCAAAUGGAAUGACAACUCCAGUUCCUCAGUCUCAUCCAGUCUGGAUACGGGACCCUGAAGGAGGAAGUUGUUGCAUUCCUGUCUUGCUGAUGCCAAAUUGCCCUAUUAACUUGCUUGGAAGAGAUGCUCUCACUGCUCUUGGUCUUUCUCUAGUAUCUCUUGAUGACAAAAUCGUUGUCAAAAGGCGUCACCAAUUACAAAUAUUUGGUCAAUUUCAUUGCUACUAUUUUUAUUCAUUGGAUUUAAUUGACCCCGAGGUGAGACAAUUUGGGUCUCCUCUUUUGGCACGGGCCAGAAGCCUUUUGCGAUGCCCUGAGCAGGCAAUGGAACCAAACGACUUGCACGUGACCUUGUGGCACAAGGACACGCCCGGUCCUGACCAAAGCUACGAAGCCAUGCUUAAGGCUGCUACGCCUAUCAUCUUGAGAGCAGCUUUCCUCUUACAUGAUGGUGAAAGCCGCGCUUGUGUAGUCAUGCAGCCAGCUCCCUCUAGAAUCGAAAAUUUACACAAGACGGCCACCCCGCUCCAUAUCUCUUUGUUCCGACCUUUUUCAUCCACAUGGCAAAGCGUGGGAUUCAUGGCCAAAGACGGAUUGGCUGCCCUUGACUGGACUCGAGAUAGUUCUGGUGUUCUUUACAGUCCUUCUACCAAGCUUUUCAGAAGUGUCUUGAACCACAUCUUUUUCCUUUCUUGUGGUGUGCAUGCUAAAACUUGUUCUGAGAAAGCACCCUCAGCUUGACAUUUUGUGUUGUCACCAGGAGAUGAGCAGGUCCUCGCUGAGGUCCCGACUGAUCUCUGGUCAACAGGGCCCUCUGACGUUGGGUUGGUGAAAGGUGCACUUCCUGUUGUUAUUAGACCUAAGACUGAGUACCGACCUUGUGUGCGACAGUAUCCAUUGAAACCCGAUGCCCUGCAAGGCAUCGCACCUGUCAUUUCGGAUUUACUAAAAGCUGGUGUCAUUAUUCUCUGUCCUGAUUCUCCUUGUAAUACUCCGAUUUUUCCUGUGAAGGAAGCGCCUCCUUCUGUCGGGUGGAGAAUGGUGCAAGAUUUGCAAGCAGUGAACAGCGCCGUCAUUCAGAGGGCACCUUGUGUCCCUGACCCACACACCUUGUUGAAUUCAUUAACGCCUGAUGCAAAGAUAUUCUCAGUAAUUGAUAUUAGCAACGCUUUCUUCUCUGUUCCUGUUGCUGAAGAAAGCCAGUUUUGGUUUGCAUUUACUUAUGCUGGCUCGAGGUACACCUUUACCAGACUGCCCCAAGGGUACUGCGAAAGCCCAACUAUCUAUUCGCAGGUACCAGGUUACUGGCCUCCUGGCUCCAGUGAAGAAGCUGUGUUUUUUGCUGAGCGUAUAACUUUAAAGAACCAAGGCUCAAGCCUUCUUUUGACCGUUACACUCCCUGAUGACACGAUUCGGCCCCCUCACGCUACCCUGCUCAAUACUUCCUGUUGGGGUUUUCAGUUGUGGGCUUGGUCCUCUGGGAGGGAUCCUCAGUUUCCUAUUGUAAUUUGCGUUAACAAAACUAUGCGGGGCGCUGACAGUCCCGUGUUGAGCGACUUUUCCAAAACAUCUGGGGCAGUGAUUACGAGCGUGGCCCUCACCGAUGUAGACAGUCACUUUGUGGCCUCCACAGGUAUGAGUGGCCAGACUAACAAUUGGCUCCUCAUGGCCGAGCAAGCUGCUAAUGUGACUAACACCAGUUGCGUUGUGUGUAUGGGCCCACGGCCCCUCUUGAGAAUCAUUCCCGCAAGUGUAGCUCCUGAGUGUGCGAUUUUUGUGAUGUCUACCCCUUCCAUUCCGUCUGCUCAUCCUUGCUCCAGUUGGGACAAGGUCUAUCCCGUUUCCUCCUUGGCAAAGUCCAAACCCCUUUUUUCCACUGAUGUUGCUAAAGGUAAUUUCACGUGCAUCAAGUUGCCCGGUACCGGCGCAAGCCUAGGCGUUUUGUCAGCUCCUUUGUGCACUUCCCUGUUCUAUGGCGCUGCCUUUUUCUCACCCAUCGCUCGUAGUGAUAUUUGGUUUUGGUGCAACACUGACAAACUUUAUGAUAGUCUCCCUUUUAAUAGCUCUGGUACUUGCGCUUUGGUGACCCUUUUGCUUCCCGUUUUGUUAAUGCCCGCGGCUCCUCAUGAGCUAGAAAUUUUUGUUGAUUCUUUUGUGCCCCGGCCCUGGUCGAGGGCUGAGCGGAGCGCCGAGUGGCAAGGCGCGGCGGAUCCGACCUAUAUAGAUGCCAUUGGAGUUCCCAGAGGAGUGCCGGAUGAGUAUAAGCUGGUGAACCAGAUAGCAGCUGGUUUCGAAUCCUCCAUUUGUUGGUGGUGCACCCUUAACAAAAAUGUUGACAGGAUCAAUUACAUCCACUACAACGUGCAGAGGCUUGGAAAUUGGACCGAGGCGGGCUUCAGAGCGGUCCACUCCCAGCUGGCCGCGACUUCCCUCAUGGCUUUCCAGAACCGGAUGGCCCUUGACAUGCUACUCGCUAAGGAGGGCGGUGUCUGCGCCAUGUUCGGUGAGCAAUGCUGCACUUUUAUCCCAAAUAACACUGCAGCCGGCGGAAGCCUGUCCCUGGCCCUUGAGGGUUUGAGGACCUUGAAUGGGAAGAUGAAGGACCACAGUGGUGUGAACACGGAGGUUUGGAACAGCUGGCUGAAUGUGUUCGGCAAGUACCGCACCCUGGUUUCCUCGGUCCUUGUCUCCCUUGCCGUUUUUUCUGCUGUUUUGACCUUGUGUGGAUGUUGUUGCAUUCCGUGUCUCCGGUCCCUAAUUAAUAAAUUGAUUACGACUGCUAUCUCUCCGCCGGCUGACGCUUUUCCGUUGCUCCCUGAGAACGACUCUGAGCUCCCACGACCCCCGAGUUGUCGUCUUAGCAUUGACUCCAUUGAUGAGGCCCCCGCUGUGGACCUGUCCGACCUUUUUCCUGAGUCCGACGUUGUCUGAUUGGCUUCGGUCGCCUCCCGAGUGUAAAUUUGUUCUUAUGACGUAUGAUCCUGCGGCUGAAAAUCUUUUGAAGUAGCCUUUGGGUGAUUUGAGGGUCUCUGAGAACUUAUGAUAAACAGGGGGGAAUUGUUGGAAAAUUGUAUAUAUAUGUUAUCAUGCGUUCUCUUUUAUUUACGUUAUCAUGCGUUCUCUUUUAGUUUUCAUAUUACUAUAUUACAGUAAAAGAUGUCUUGUUAGAUCUACCGUUAGAUUAGAUUAGUGCGUACGUGCGUUCGUUCCGCUUUGCUGUUCUUAUGUUCACCACAGAAAACCACAUCAGCCAAGGUGUGAGGUCUUGUCUCGGCCAGCGAGAGACAGCGGCAACGGCAUUGUGUCAGUCUUACUCAAGUGGCUGACUCGGCACUUCACACCCUCAAGAGAUGGAGCGCUGGGAGCGCCCCUGAUCCCUGCUGAUAAGACUGUUUUCAACCCAUUAAACUUGAUGAACUUUGUUUGCUCUUUCCUGUGUCGCCACAUCAGUAUAACGUUUGCAGUAAUCUACACACACCAGAAGUUUCCUGCGCUUACCAAAAGCAGAAACCGUUUGCGCUUCCCCCUACCCUUAUUUGGUUUCUGCUACACAUGUGAUGAGGGCAAUCCCCAAAUAAAGAGAGCAAGGAUGCAGACAGACUUUAGUGUAGGUUGGGCAUUGUAAGCUGUCUGUACUGCACUCCUUGCGCAAGCUACGACUCAA